AUGUCUUCCCCGUCAGCGACACUACAAGUCAGGAUCAAUCAUAUUGAUUACACCGUCAUUCCACCGGGGCUCCUCGAUAAUUCGACCCUCCACCGAGUCCCUGUUAUACGUAUUUAUGGGGAUUCUUCUCUGGGCCACAACACAUGUUUACAUGUGCAUCAAGUAUACCCUUACUUUCUUGUUGAAUACCUCGGAAAAAUGAACCCGGACCUUGUACAACGCUAUGUCUCGAAGCUCAAGCAUUCCCUGAACCAUGCAAUUGCCAUCUCCCUCAAACGUAACCCUGAAUCCGUCAAGUCUCAGUUCGUCCGUGCCAUUGUCCUAGUCAAGGGCGUGCACUUCUACGGCUUCCACUCCAACUACGCUCCCUUCCUCAAAGUGCACAUCGCCGACCCCGCCUUCGUCAGCCGGGCUGUCACCAUCAUGCAGUCGGGGACGGUCAUGUCGACUCGGUUCCGCGUGUACGAGUCCCACCUGUCCUACAUCCUCCAGUUCCUCUCCGACUUCGGUCUGUACGGCUGCGGUUGGAUCAACUUGGGCGAGGUCUGGCGGCGCGGAAGGGAAGAGGAAGAUGAGAAGGAGGAGCACACGACCCCCCGGGUAGACUUCAAAGACUCCCCGUACCACCGCCAGUCUCGGAUGCCCCUCGAGGUCGACGUCGCCGCCCACCAGAUUCUCAACCGGCACAAGCUCUCCGCGCGGGAGAUACACCACAAGCUCACCGUGCCCGCGCCCCCUCUCCCCCCAGAGCCUCUCGUGCUCAGCGUGCGCGAGCUCUGGGAGGAUGAGCGGCAGCGCCGCGCCGCGAAGGGGCUUGAGCCGUCUCCCGAGCUGCCGAAGGACCCAAGCGCGAACUCGCGCGAACCCGGCGGGGACUGGGUCGCAGAGGCGCGGUGGUGGGAGGAGAUCCGGAUGCGCAUCGAGAAGGAGCGUGGUAGGGAGGCGCCCCCGCUGAAGAUGUCUUGGGAGAGGUGGGUAAUGACCACAUUCGAGAGCGUCGAGGCGUUGUGGGAAGACGAGUACAAGACAUGGAAGCCGCAGAGGAAGCAGGCCAACGGGAACGGGGAGCAUGAGGACGACAACUCCGGGACGUCGGACGCGAAUCCAUACCAUGCUUCACAGGGAUCGGGAACUGCCAGUGGCUUUCUCGGUGCGUUGGAUGGGGCGAUUGCUGAAGAGGUGGAUCCAGCCAUGGCUCAAUUCAUGGAACACGAAGAAACGGAAUGGCCGAAGGAUGGAAACGAUGGCGAGGAAGGAGAAGAUGAACAAUACCCGGAAGAAGAUGAGAUGGAAGACGGGCCUCCGCCUGACAAGACACUUAGUCAAAACGAUACCGAGAAACGCGAGAGUCCGACAGAGCUCACUCCGUCGCCCACAAAUGACAACCCCUUCGCAAAUGUGUGGUCCAAAGUAUCGCGGUGCGCUCGAUCAUCUCAAGUUUCCAGGUCCUCGUCUGUUCAACGGUCACAGUCUCUUACUUCGGUUGAUCCAAAGACCCCGACGAAGCUCACUCCGGCGUCGCCCGCCCCCCUAACACCGUCACCCUCGCGGCCCGCAACGAAACGACCAUUUGCACGUGCGAUGAGCAGCGAUUCAGUGUUACCCGGUCCUCCGGUGGAAGCAGAUACAUCGCGCGCGGUGCUCCAGCCGCUACAAGCGAUUGAGGACAACGUUCUGGUCGAAGUCGAUACCGCGAUGACAACAGCUGCCCAUGGAGACAAGAGACCCGCAAAGAAGCGCAAGCUCAGUCCACCUUUGCCCCCCGUCGCCGCCCCUGCGCGGAGUACAGAAUCUAACACUUCUGAUCCAGUGUCUGAUGUCUCCUUUCAGUCUUUUACUCCCAUUCCGACCUCCCAGCUACUCAGCGACAAGAACGUUUUCCAGUUUGCUCGCUCACCACCAACUACUGCUGAGCUCCUCGGCAGUACCGAUCGUUACAACAUUCCCAGCAAGGUCUACCGUGACCCGUGGUAUUCCAAAGAGUCAGACGCUCCUGACAAGCCUAGGGAGUUCGCUGGUCUCGUCUUUCAUCUUAAGGGAGGAGAGGGGGUUGCGAACCUAGAGGAAUGGCAAGCGACUCUGGGUUCCGAGUCGAAAUCUUCGCUUUCGCACACAUUGAGUCAUCGUGGCGUCAGCGGAUGGGAGUUCGCCGGUGCGCCUCCCAGCGUUCGGCAAGUCAGGAAGUGGCUCCAAGAGGACAAAGUCCGCGCUAGUCAACGGACUGCAAAGGACACCUCUCAGGCAAGUAUCUCGGGUCCGACCCAGCUCAAUCCAUUUGGGCUCAAGAACACAUUGGUCGCCCGGUCGGACAAGGUCAAGCGUGAGAAGCAGACAAUGACCAUCCUCGGGCUUGAAGUCUUUGCGCCGUCCAGGGACGAUCGUGUCCCGGAUCCUGCGGAGGACGAGAUUGUGGCCGUGUUUUAUUCUUUCCAGGACUCGGUGCGAGACUCUGAUGGAGCAAUUGCUUUGGAGUCUGGUAUUAUUGCUGUGGAAAGCGAGCAACUCAGCCAGCGCCGAUUGAGGGCCAUCAAAGCGGACUAUGCUGAGAACGAGUUGGAACUACUCAACAAGUUCAUCGACAUGGCGAACGAAUUGGAUCCAGAUGUUCUCACUGGAUGGGAAAUUCAAGCUGGUUCGUGGGGGUAUUUGAGUGCUCGCGGUCGAAUUUAUGGCUUGGACCUCGAAGAGCAGCUAUCUCGCGCUCCGGCAAGACAUGUCGGCGGGCGCAAUGACCGAUGGGGCAUGCGCACGACAUCGACCUUCAAGGUCAUCGGCAGACAUGCUCUCAACACUUGGCGAAUCAUGCGCUCGGAACAGAACCUGAACAUCUAUACAUUCGAGAACGUCGUGUUUCACGUCCUCCGACAACGAACGCCGUGGUACAGCCCGAGGAAGCUGACGGAAUGGCACUGUAGUGCCGUCCCGAUGCACGCGGAAUAUGCCAUUCGAUAUUUCUCUCGACGUGCUGCCAUGGUGGUCGAGAUGCUCGACGCUGUUGAUGUAGUGACAAAGACGGCGGAGUUCGCGCGCGUCUUUGGCGUCGAUUUUUUUUCGGUUCUGAGCCGAGGAUCACAGUUCAAGGUCGAGUCGUUCAUGUUUCGGAUUGCAAAGCCGGAGAGUUUUGUGCUGCUCUCUCCCAGCAAGCAAGACGUCGGAAAGCAGAAUGCUGCCGAAUGUAUACCUCUCAUCAUGGAACCUCUUUCGGCCUUUUACAGCAGUCCGUUGGUCGUCCUGGAUUUCCAAUCACUAUACCCCUCAGUUAUGAUUGCUUAUAAUUAUUGCUAUUCUACUUGUCUCGGCCGCGUCACGGAAUUCAAGGGCACGUACAAGUUUGGCGUCACGGAUCUGCGUCAACCGGCUGGCAUCCUGGAUACCCUGAAAGAUCACAUCAACGUUGCCCCUAAUGGUAUGAUGUACGUUAAGGAGACUGUACGGAAGGGGCUGCUUGCCCGCAUGUUGAUCGAACUGCUGGACACGCGAGUCAUGGUCAAACAGGCGAUGAAAGGCGCGAACGAUGACAAGGCUCUACGUCGGAUCCUCGACGCCCGACAGCUUGGGUUGAAAUACAUCGCUAACGUCACUUACGGAUAUACAAGCGCUUCUUAUUCGGGGCGCAUGCCGGCCGUGGAGAUCGCGGACAGUAUCGUGCAGAGUGGUCGAGAAACGCUGGAGAAGGCGAUUCGCGUGAUCAACGGCACAAGCAAAUGGGGCGCGAAGGUCGUAUAUGGCGACACCGACUCCUUGUUCAUCUACCUGAGAGGGAAGACCAAGGAUCAAGCCUUCCGGAUCGGCCAGGACAUGGCCGAUACGAUUACACGCAUGAACCCUGCUCCGAUCAAGCUCAAGUUUGAGAAGGUCUAUUUGCCCUGUGUGCUGAUGGCAAAGAAGCGCUAUGUCGGAUUCAAGUUCGAAAACCCCGACGACACGGAACCUGUGUUUGACGCAAAGGGUAUCGAGACGGUCCGUCGCGACGGCGUGCCUGCCCAACAGAAGAUGACGGAGACCUGUUUGAAGAUUCUUUUCCGUACACAGGACCUGAGCGCAGUCAAGGAGUAUUGUUGCCGAACCUGGAACCGCAUACUUGACAAUAAGGCUUCACCUCAAGACUUCAUCUUCGCGAAAGAGGUCCGAAUGGGAACAUACAGCGACAAAGUACCGCCUCCCCCUGGGGUCACGGUUGCCGCGCGGCGGAUGCUCGAGGACCCCAAUGAUGAACCGCAGUACGGUGAACGCAUUCCAUACGUGAUCGCCCGAGGGGAACCAGGAUCUAGACUCGUCGACCGUGCAAUCGAUCCUCACGAGUUAUUCCGAGACAACCACAAGCGACUCGAUGCGACGUACUACAUCUCGCGAGUGCUGAUCCCACCGUUGGAACGGAUAUUCAACCUCGUUGGAGCCGACGUUCGCAGUUGGUACGACGAGAUGCCCAAGAGCCUACGCGCCGAUCAACCCGACGUCACUCUGUCCCCUAGGAAGAGCAAGUCAAAGGAAGCAAUAGCGGCAAAUGCUCACAAGAUUGAUGAUCACUUCCUGAGUUCUCGUUGCCUGAUCUGUGGGGGCUUCACUCCGGAAGUGCUGUGUGACCUGUGCCGGACGGACUAUCCUUUGUCCAUGAGCGAGCUUUUGGCACGCAUCCACAAAACGGAGCGGCGGCUCAUGGACGUCCACCUCGUCUGCAGCUCUUGCAGUGGUAUUGCACCUGGCGAACCUGUUGACUGCGAGACACUAGAUUGUCCCUGGUUCUACGAGCGACAAAAGACAUAUGCCAAAUCAGAUGCUCUUGCGACAAUUCACGAACUAGUCGACGACCUGGAGGAGGAGUCCAAAGAAGAACCUGGAUGCUAUGUUCAUAUACGCUCAUUGCGGCCAGUCACCUACAACUUCAAGUUCGGUUUUAAUUGA